AUGGAGACGGAGACCGGGGUGGUCCGCGUGCGGCGGGAUGCGCUCACCGCCCGCUUGACAUGCCCUCUCUGCCAGGACCUCUUUCGGGAGGCCUCCGCCUUCGUCGAGUGCCUCCACACUUUUUGCCGGGAGUGCAUUAUGAAGAAAAUAGAUGAUGAAGAGAUCGCCUCCUGCCCAGUAUGCCACAUUGAUCUUGGUAUCGCUCCUGAAGAGAAACUGAGGCCUGAUCACAAUAUUCAGAGUAUCAGGAACAAGGUGUUUCCACGCAAGACAGAAGUUGAUGCUUCUAAGGUUCCAAAUAUUACAUCGCCAGCAAAGAGAAAAGAGAGGUCCCUUUCUUCCUUGGUAGUUGAAACCCCGAAGAUAACAACACAGACUAGUCUGACAGGACAUAGGACCAAAGCUGUAAGAAGGACAACAACCUCCCAUAUCACUUCUCUCAUUGCAAAUGGAACCAUGAAAUUACUGAAUAAUUCCGAAGGCCGCAAUCAGAAGACUGAGAAAACCUCAGCACCACAGUCUAGCAAGAUGACAACAUCUGCAAAUAAAACGAAGAUUAAUGCAGAUGUUAUAGCCUCAAACCAGCCAUCUUCUGAAGUUGGAGAGAAUCGUGAGACAAUUGACAAUGAAGAAUUUCAGAAACCCUUACACAGUUUGGUCACGGAAAGUGGGAAGAGAUCGCUUAGAUUAAGUCUUAAAAGAAAGUACGCUGCCGCCAAGGAGGACAAAAUGAAAAGCACAAAGGGUGAAAUCUCAAUAAGGAAAAAUGUCGCAGCAGAUAAAGUGGCUAUUACUGGAAUAAGGGCGGGUAAGCACCCAAACAAGUUAAAACUUGUAGACGAAAACAAAGGCAAUUCUUCAGAAUCUGUAUCAACCAAUGAUAAAAGAACCACAGAGGAUAGUCUGACGAAAAUUACAGAAGCAGACUUGCAGGGAAAACCCUUGAACAGUUGUAUUGAGGCAAGCAGGAAUACAUCGCUUGGAUCAGGUUCUAAGAGCCAUGGCGCUACCGCCAAGGAGGACAAAAUUAAGAGCACAAAUGGUAAACUCUCCAUAAGGAAAGAUGACACGGUAGAAAAACUGGCUAUUGCUGAACUAAGCCUGAGUGAGCAUUCCAAUAAAACAACCACGGAGGAUAAUCUGAGGAAAAGCCCAGAAGCAGACCCACGGCAGGAACCGGUUGGUUCUACAAUCACUGGUUCUUCGCAUGAUGGAGUAACUACCCCAGUCUGGUUUUCACUAGUCUCUUCACCGAGCCAGGUACAAGAUAAACUGCUGCCUCAGAUACCAAAUAUGUACUUGAGAAUUAAAGAUAGGAGUAUGCAGAUCUCCUCCGUCCUGACUUACAUUACAAAGAAACUUGAGCUAGCAAGUGAUGAUAAGCUGGAGAUCCUAUGCAAUGAAUGGCCAAUCUGCCCCUCGACAACGCUACACCGCCUACGUGAACAGUGGUUGAGCCGCAAGCCAAAGCAGGAGGUCCGGGCGGCGGUGGGCGGCCCGGCCAAGGAGUUUGUCAUGGAGCUUCGCUACCGCCGGCGGCCGGCGGCCGUAUCUCUGUGCUGCAUGAUGAAGACAAAGGGGCUUAAUGAGAAGAAGGCAGCUCUGGACGCCAAAACUGACACCUCUGUCAGCACUGCUAAACUUGAGACCCUGCGAAAGGAGUUGGAAGCCCUUGAAGAGAGGAUCCGGGAUCUUGGCUCUCUUCGUUAUUUUCUUGGCAUUGAGGUUCAGUCAGUUACUGAUGGUCUCUCCUUAUCUUAG